GCUCUCAAACUGUUCGUGUCUAAAUUUGAUUCUCAUACCUACACAGGAAUCAAACUGAAAUCCUUUCUGCUACAUCGAUCUCAAUCAAAUCCUUUAUUCAAAAUGUCGGACCAAACAUUCCACACCACUGCCCAGGAUCUCCGGAAGCCGGAAUCCCACAUUGCCAAAGUGCAAGGUGGUAAAACCCCCAAGGACUCUGAUGUCUCAAUGUUGAAGUCUGUCAUCGAUCAGAACACAGACAAGUCCAAAGAAAUUGAAGAACACAAGUCCAACCUUCCAUUGCCCGAACAACCACCAACAGCUAGCGACUGGCAGUCUGCAGACCAGAGAAAUGUCAACGUAGGUUCAGGACGCGUGGAAGCCCCUCUUUCUGGUGAUGGAGAUACCGCCCUGAGAGAGCCUGCGACAGCAAGCAGCAGCGUGCGCCAGUCUGGCGAGGAGCUGCACAAGAACACGGCUCCCUUGAGCAACGUUGGACGACAAGGGAAAGAUAACCUGGAUGGGCUUCCCAAAGAUGCCCUGGCCCGGUAAUAUAAUUAUUCUGGUGGAUGUUAAAUGUAACUAUAGAUUUACUAUUACGAGAAAAUGGAUGCCCUAAUAGUAUUUUCUUAAUCUUCUCGACAAUGACUAUCAUACG